AUGCGUUCUCGAUCCCCUUCACGAUCUCGGUCUCCCUCUGUGCACUCUCGGGGUCGCCGUAGGUCGCAUUCGCCUAUUCCCGCACCUUCACACCGAAGAUCGCAUUCGCCCCGAUCCCACCAUUCAGAUGUCUCGCGCUCGCGAUCCCGCUCCCGCUCCCGCUCUCGCUCGAGACAUCUAAGGCCCAACAUGUCACCAAGGCGCAAUGGACAUCGGGAUGACAGCAGAUCUCCUUCACGGAGCAGAAGUCGCAGUAGAAGCUGGAGCAGAGGUCGCAGCGAUCGUCGAUAUCGAGAUAGAAGCUACACGCGAAGCCCAAGCCGCUCUCCUCCCCGAACGAGUUCGAAGAUUGUCGUGGAGAAAUUAACCAAGAAUGUGAAUGAAAAUCAUCUGCGCGAAAUUUUUGGGGUCUACGGAGAGAUCCAGAGCUUGGAAUUGCCGAUGAAUCCACAUUUUAUGACCAACCGCGGUACCGCGUAUAUUUUAUACCACGAAGUAGCAGAUGCAGAGGCAGCUAUAUCACAUAUGCACGAAGCACAACUUGACGGUGCUGUCCUCAAUGUCUCUAUUGUCCUACCACGCCGCACGUUUUCGCGCUCUCCUCCACCGGCUCGAAACAGGGGUGAUUUUGGGCGAUUCGACCGCCCUGCAUACGGAAGAGGUUAUGGUCGAGGCGGCUUAGACUCUGGAAGACCGCCACCGCCAGGAGGUCGAUAUCGCUCUCCGCCGCCCCGUCGUGGUUCCCCACGACGCUUUCCUGGCCCUCGCGGCAUGGAAAGACACGAUUUAUAUCGUCCUCGGUCACUUUCGAGAUCUCGCUCCCCACGCGGCCGCUCACCUUCCUAUUCCCCGCGAUCUCGUUCCAGAACGCCACCACCCCGCAGAAGGUCUCAUAGGGAUAGCCCUCGUCGUCGUAGGAGACGGGACUCUAGUUACAGCAGCUACAGCGACCGUGGUCGGAGCCGGAGUCGAAGCUUGAGCCGAAGCAGAAGUCCUAGUCGAAGUCGCAGCCGUCAUGGUGGUGGAAGGUGGUAG